UCCUCCUAUCCCUCCGUGGUCCUAAGUCCUGACCUUGGGCCCUACUCGCGUCCAGGUCGUCCUAUCCAGUAUCAAUCUACAUCCCUUGAUGUCUUCGUCAUAGCAGAUCUCUCCGACGUCGCUCCCUCCAUCAAGUUCGAUUUUUCCCACCAUACCCCACCACACGCUGCGCGCAGGAUUUACCCCUCUAAAUUAUAUUGUAAGUGCAUUUGGUUUGCUCUUUGGCAUCCUACCACCUCCCUUUCAUGAUGAUCUUUCCGUUUUUUAUAGAUGUUAGACUUCCUAAGCAUAUUGCGGACACUUUCCGGCCUGACCUAAACUAUAACAUAUCGCAUAUUCUUUUAUCUCGCUUGAGCUGGGUGCGCGUUUGCUGAUAAAUCACACUGGCCUGCAGUAACCUGAUCCGCGAAUCAAGAUGUGUGGUAUUAUCGCAUUGAUUCAGGCGAAUCCGACCUCCUCCGCUGCCAUCGACCUUCAUGAGGCCCUGUACCUCUUACAACAUCGAGGUCAGGAUGCUGCUGGAAUUGCAACAUGCGCGGCAGGUGGUCGCAUCUUCCAGCUCAAAGCCAACGGAAUGGCCGCCAAAGUCUUCUCGGACGGCGCUAGGGUGGCCGACCUCCCAGGUUACAUGGGAAUCGGUCAUUUGAGAUAUCCCACUGCGGGGAGCAGUGCAAAUGCCGAGGCCCAGCCUUUCUACGUGAACAGUCCGUACGGCAUCUGCCUCGCCCACAAUGGAAAUCUCAUCAACGCGCCCGAGCUGAAGAGAUACCUGGAUUUUGAGGCUCAUCGCCACAUCAACACCGACAGUGACAGCGAGCUGAUGUUGAACGUCUUUGCUGAUGAGUUGAGCGAGACCAAGAAGGCGCGUGUAAACCAGGAAGAUGUUUUCGCCGCCCUCAGCAGAAUGUAUGAGAGGUGCGAAGGUGGCUGGGCAUGCACAGCAAUGCUCGCUGGUUUCGGUAUCCUGGGUUUCCGUGAUUCGUACGGUAUCCGUCCCCUGGUUCUUGGCUCCAGAAAGUCGCUUGAUGGCCAGGGUACGGACUACAUGAUGGCGUCCGAGUCUGUUGCUCUUCACCAGCUAGGCUUCACAGACAUUCGCGACAUUCUACCUGGAGAGGCCGUCUUAAUUGAGAAGGGCGGCCAGCCCGUUUUCCGUCAGGUCGCUCCUCGCAAGGCCUACGCUCCUGACAUCUUCGAAUAUGUCUACUUUGCUCGUCCUGACUCCGUCAUUGAUGGUAUCAGCGUCUACCGCAGUCGUCAACGUAUGGGUGAUCGCCUCGCCGCGAAGAUACUCAAGAGCCUUGGUCCCGAGGUUGUCAAGGACAUUGACGUGGUCAUCCCCAUCCCGGAGACGUCAACAACCUCGGCUGCCGCUGUUGCCCGUUAUCUCGACAAGCCUUACUGCCAGGGCUUCGUCAAGAACCGUUACGUCUUCCGCACUUUCAUUAUGCCGGAACAAAAGACCCGUCAGAAGGGUGUUCGCCGUAAGCUGAAUGCUAUGCAAACCGAAUUCAAGGACCGAAAUGUCCUUCUCGUCGACGAUAGUAUUGUUCGGGGAACAACGAGUCGGGAAAUUGUUACAAUGGCUCGUGAAGCUGGUGCCAAGAAGGUUUACUUUGCCAGCUGCUCUCCGGAAAUCACUCACGCUCACAUCUAUGGUAUCGACCUUGCAUCUCCUAACGAGCUAGUUGCACAUAACCGUGACACUGAGACCAUCGCCAAGCACAUCGGUGCGGACAGCGUCAUCUACCAGACGCUUGAAGACCUCAAGGGUGCCUGCGCUGAGAUUGCUCAAGAAAACGGCCUGGAGCAUCCGCGUAAUUUCGAAGUUGGCGUCUUUUGCGGCAAUUAUAUCACCCCAGUUUCUGAAGGCUACUUCGAUCACCUGGAAAAAAUCCGGGGUGAGGGGCGGAAGGUUAAGGCGGUUGAUCGUGCCAAGGAGGCUGUUACCCACGGAUUUGCCAGUGAAAAGGACUUCCAGAUUGCUGCCAAUGGCGUUAAGAUGUCUAGUAACGGUGAUCUUGUGCCUGCGGAGAACCCCGCAGAGUCCGAGGUCCCUCAGGUUGGCGUCUACGGCUCCAACAAACCAGCUCCUCUAGAGAUGGAAGAGCCUCCCAAGGUCAAGGACCGCAUGGACAUUAGUAUCCAUAAUAUUGCGGAUCAUUCCUAGUCAUUUUUUUUGAUUGUCAAUCAUUUUCGACAUCUGGAGUCUUGGAGUUUGUAAAGGCUAGAAAAAAGGUUAGGGAGGCCGUUUGACGAUAUCCACACCUACGAAAGAUAUGACUAGAGAUGUACAUAUUCAAUGUCUAUUGCAUAGAGCAAUUUAUUGAUGUUCCUACGAUGUCGAA